CAUUUUUUCGUACAUUCUAUAUUCAGUUUUUUAACAUCAGUGAGAUGCCGUUUAAAUAACUUUAUUACUGAUAGUACACAUCUUGAUCAUCGUUUUCCUUUACACGAGGCCGCCCAGUUUAAAUGGCAUGGUGUGGGGGGUCGAACAGUUGAAAAAACUAUUCCCUGUGAUCUCCAUCUGGUGGAGUCGUUUGCCCCCCAUAUUGUGAUACUACAGUUGGGAACUAACGAUCUUUCCCACCUAGAUCCCUCAGUCGCAGCUUCGGCAAUAGAGCACAAUGUGCGCCAAAUUUGUGUUUGCCAAACGCUUAAUAGCGAAAAUGAUGCAGCUUUUAACACACGUGUUCAAUUUCUUAUGAAAUAUCCCAAGGUACUUUUAGAGCCAAUU